AUGGCUCUUCUUCCUGGAAGCAAAUUUUACGGAAAGCUUACCCGUUAUCCAUGUAAGUCAUUUCAAGAAGUUCAGGCAAGAGCAAGUGUUCAAAUUAAAUGGGAAGAAGAUGAGGGAAGACUUCCAGAGCGACUAAUAGAGCAGCCGAAGAAAUCUGAGCAAAAGCAAAUAGUGCUGAAGAAAAUAGGAGAUGCUGUUCAAUGGCCCGACAAAUUACGUAUACCGCUAGAUCAACGGGAUACUUCCAAAUGGUGUAAGUUUCACAACGAUUACGGGCAUACAACAGAUGACUGUUUUACCCUAAAAAAAGAAGUAAUCCAAUUGCUAAGUUAUCUUCGGGAUUUACUAUCCGAAAGAGGAAAAGCGGUGAUUUCCAGAGCUGAAAGACGAGAAGAGGAACAGAAGCCACCUCUUCUAGAGAAGACAAUUAACGUAAUAUUCAGUGGAUCGGAGAUUGGCGAAAUUACACACUCAUCGGCAAAGAAACAUGUCAAGCAGACAGAAAAUUUUGAGGUAUGGAAUGAUAAGCCGAUGGUACAAUUCACGAGACAAGUUAUCAGCUUCACAGACGAUGAGAUGACGAAGCUACUCAAUCCGCAUGAUGAUGCCCUGGUAAUAACUUUGCAAAUUGCCAAUUGCGAAGUUAAAAGAAUCAUGAUUGACGAUGGCAGCUCAGUAAAUUUACUGUUCAUGUCCACACUCCAAGCAAUGAGACUUUCAGAAGCCGAUAUAAUCAGAGGUCCUAUACCACUCAUUGGCUUUAGCGGAGAACAGCAAUUCACCAUCAGCUCUAUUCCAUUGCAAGUAUAUGCAAAAGGAAUAAAUCUCUAG